AUGGAUUCCAAACCCAAAGACACAGCUCAUCAUAACCUGCAGCUUCUGACCCGCAAUCUUCUUUAUGUUCUAGAGCUAACUAAUGCCAUUUCACACGGCGACUGGGGCCGUAUCGAGGACAUACUCGGAAACUUAGCAAUGAUAUUCUGUGGUGCUGGGUCGAACAACUACUGCUCUGAAAUCCUUCAUUUUCUCUUCAACCUUAAGAAGAUCUGGACUCCUGAAUUCGCAUGCGAUUUCAGUUUCACUUUUGAAUCAUUUUGA